ACUGAUUCUCCUCUUUGGCUUGGAGGCAUGCCUGUAUGUACUCCAUAUGAUCGUAUGUACGUCCGACGGGUCCGCAAUGCAUCCUGUGCCUCAGAGUGAGCUCAAUUGCUUUUUCCUCAUUGUCGUCAGACCCGUCAGGGUGGUACUGCUGGCCAAAAGUUCGUUUUAUGUUUAUUCUGGGUUGUGGAAACACUCUGUUUACGUUUUCCUCUUUUCGUCCAGGACAGUGUAGCGCUUUUGUUUUUCUGAUCAAACUUUGUUUUUCGGUUCUACCCAUUCAUUCUCUCUCUUGUGCUUUAUGCCCAUCAGGUCCACCGCAGUUUGCCCUGAAGGACCGCCCUGGAGAAAUGGAUGGAUACCAUUGGUCGAUGCGGGUCAGCCUCCCCCCUCCCGCACAAAAGACUUCGUCGUUCGUCCGAAUGCCAGCGCUUCCCAGCCAAGCGAGGACUGGACCCCGGCAAUGGCUUGAACGGGGGCAAUUAAGCUCGACUGACAACUCAGUUGACAGUCUCGCAUACUUUCAUGAACCAUGAUUCCAAACGAGACUGAAGCUGCGACUUGGGUCGACCCGGUCCCUGCUACGGACUUCGUCAGUUCCUGCAUUAGCGCCACC